AUGGGCAAGAAGACAAAGUCCCAGUCCGACAAGGCCGUGAAGGCCAAGGACUCCAAGAAGUCGGAGACGACGACAUCGAAUGCACUUCCCUUUUUGAGUGGGAAAAGUGGUGUUGAUCCGACUUUAGCUUCACUGUUUGAGACAAGCGCUGGCCCAGUCAAAGCACCGACAGUACCGGCUAACCCGAAACCAGUCUCGAAGGACCAGGAAUCAGAUGAUGCCGACGACGUCGAGGAAGUAUCUGACUUGGUAGUCGCAUCGGGGGACGAAGAUGAAGACAUGGAAGAUGUGAGCGACGAGCAGGCUGCAACUAUACUAGAGACAUCAAAUUCUGAGGCCCCCAGUCGCAAGCGAAAGAGAGGAACUGCAAAUGAUAACCUUGAAGAUGCAUACAUGCAUCGUGUUGCAAAGGAGGAAGAGAAGGAGGCAGAGAAACGUCGGGCCGAGAAACAGUCCAAGAGACAGAAGACCGACGAGGAAGACAGCGAGGACAAAGCUGAGGAAUCUGCCGACGACUCCAACGAAGAAGAUGGCGAUUCUGAUGUCUCUGACGACGUUCCCGACGUGCCCAAGCACGAGAGCGUAGCGGGGACGGAUGCGCAAAGCAGAGAGGUCGAGAAAUCCAAGCGCACCGUGUUCUUAGGCAAUGUCUCAACGCAGGCCAUCAAGUCCAAGUCUGCCAAGAAAACCCUCCUCCGGCACCUUGCCUCUUUCCUCGCUACGCUGCCUGAAUCCACCGGUCCUCACAAGGUCGAGUCCAUCCGGUUCCGUUCGACGGCCUUUGCAAGCGGAGGCGGAGUCCCCAAGCGGGCUUCCUUUGCCCGCAAAGAGCUUCUGGACGAGACCACACCCAGCACAAACGCAUACGCAGUCUACACCAGUAUUCAGGCCGCCCGUAAGGCGCCUGCUGCCCUCAACGGGACCGUGGUUCUUGAUCGCCAUCUGCGCGUUGACAGCAUUGCCCACCCGUCUGAGAUCGACCACAAACGCUGUGUAUUCGUUGGCAACCUGGAUUUUGUGGACCUGGAAUCCGCUGACCCCCAGGAUGACAAGAAAAGGAAGAAACAAGCUGCCCCUGCAGACAUCGAAGAAGGUCUCUGGCGGACCUUCAACGCGAACACUUCUACUGGAGGCUCCAAGGAGGACGCGGCCUCUUCUUCUUCUGGAAAAGGCCAUGUCGAGUCCGUCCGUGUGGUGCGCGACCGCGGAACCCGCGUCGGCAAAGGCUUCGCCUACGUCCAGUUCUACGACGAGAACUGCGUCGAGAGCGCCCUCCUACUGGACGGCAAGAAGUUCCCGCCCAUGCUCCCUCGUAAACUGCGGGUGACUCGCGCAAAGAAGAUGCGCCGGGACAACAACAACAAUAACACCGGCAGCGGUCCCGGUCCGAGACAAAAGGUUCUGGGAGUCGGAACCGCCCACAAGACGCUACAGGGUCGCGCCACAAAACUGUUUGGCCGUGCCGGUGCCGCCCAGAUGAAGCGUGGGGACGCGCCAGGCUCGACUUCCUUCGUGUUUGAAGGUCACCGGGCCUCGGAGGGGAGCUCGCGGAUCAAGGCUAAGACGAAGAGCCGUGGGUCCAGGGGCAAGCCGAAGAAUCGCAGCAGUCAACGUGCGGCGGCGUACAAGGCAGCGGGGGGGAAGAAGACGAAGAGCACAUAG